UCUUUCCUGAUGGAAGUGUGCGUCGCGUGGAGGCGAUUCGUGCUUGUAUAAAAGGCUUAACACUGUGAUCAUAGUCACAUUCUACUUCAGAAGUUCAAUCAUCAUGGUUGCUAAGAUCGUUCUUGCCUUCGCCGCUCUGGUUGCCUGCGUGUGCGCCGAGCCCGGUGCACCCCUGGUGGUCGCCGCCCCCGCCUACGUCAAGGCCGUGGACUUCCACGCCCGCCCCCACUACUCCUUCAACUAUGGCGUCAACGACCCCCACACCGGUGACCACAAGAGCCAGCACGAGACCCGCGACGGAGACGUCGUCAAGGGCCAGUACUCUCUGCUUGAGGCCGACGGCACCACCCGCACCGUCGACUACACCGCCGACCCCAUCAACGGCUUCAACGCCCACGUCACCAGGUCCGGACACGCCGUCCACGCCGCCCCCGUCGUCAAGGCCUACGCUCCCGCCCCCGUCGUCGUCAAGGCUGCCCCCGCCGUCUACGCCGCCGCCCCCGCCAUCUACAAGGCCCCCGUCGUCGCUGCCGCCCCCGCCCUGACCUACGCUCACGCCGCCCCUGUUCUCAAGGCCCCCGUCCAGUACGCUCACUCCUACGCCGCCCCCCUGGCUUAUGCCCACGCUGCUCCCCUCGCCUACAGGGCUCCUCUGGCUUAUGCCCAUGCUGCCCCCCUGGCCCAUGCUGCCCCCCUCGCCCAUGGUGCGCGCUGGUAUAAAAAGAACAAAUCUACUCUCAAAGGCAUAUUCAACUCAAGGAGUUCAAUCAACAUGGUUGCCAAGAUCGUUCUCGCCUUUGCCGCUCUGGUCGCCUGCGUGUGCGCCGAGCCCGGUGCACCCCUGGUGGUCGCCGCCCCCGCCCCCGCCUACGUCAAGGCCGUGGACUUCCACGCCCGCCCCCACUACUCCUUCAACUAUGGCGUCAACGACCCCCACACCGGUGACCACAAGAGCCAGCACGAGACCCGCGACGGAGACGUUGUCAAGGGCCAGUACUCUUUGCUCGAGGCCGACGGCACCACCCGCACUGUCGACUACACCGCCGACCCCAUCAACGGCUUCAACGCCCACGUCACCAGGUCCGGACACGCCGUCCACGCCACCCCUGUCGUCAAGGCCUACGCUCCCGCCCCCGUCGUCGUCAAGGCUGCCCCCGCUGUCUACGCCGCCCCCGCCCUCCUGAAGGCCCCCGUCCAGUACGCUCACUCCUACGCCGCCCCCCUGGCUUAUGCCCACGCUGCUCCCCUCGCCUACAGGGCUCCCCUGGCUUAUGCCCACGCCGCCCCCCUGGCCCAUGCUGCCCCCAUCGCUCGCCACUACUGAAUUUCUCAAACUUGGUGGAAUAUUUUCUGCCAUUAUUUAAAGUCUGAUCGCCUUUCUUCUUGCCUCGUUUUGCAAGUUCAUAAACAUCUCAUUGCCUACACAUGUCGCAUUACUGUGUAAAUAAGAGUAAUAAAUUGAAUUAUCCAAAGAAACUUAAUAUCUUCAACUUAAUUUUGUUCCACCUUCAACAA